AUUUGAGACAGAAAGGACAGCUGUCUGUUGUGCUCUGCAGACAUCUUGAGACAGAUUUGUCUGAGUCUUUUAUCUACAGCAGGGCAGCAUGCGAGGACUUUUGCUCUUUUUCAUCUUUGCCUGCUGCAGCAGGGCUAAGAAGAUGCGCUGGUGCACAGUGUCAGAUCCUGAGCAGAGGAAGUGUGCAGAUCUAGCUAAAGCUCUGGUGGCGGUGCUGCCGCCAGCUGCUGUGGCAGCCUUCGCCAGACUCUCAUGUAUACGAGCGUCCAGCACGACUGACUGCAUCGAUAGGAUCAGGGCAAACCGCGCUGAUAUUGUGACGUUAGAUGCAGGAGAAGUUUAUUCUGCUGUGAAACAGUUUGGCCUUGUUGUCAUCGCCAAGGAGAUUUACAGUGACGGAGGCUGUAUUCUGUCUGUAGCUGUGGUGAGAAACAGCACUCUGGACAUACGGUCCCUGCAGGGCCUCAGGAGCUGUCACAGCGGGGUUCGAUGGACAGCUGGAUGGAGUCUCCCACUCGGCUUCCUGCUGUCCCGUAACUACCUGAGCUGGUCAAAGGAGCAGCCGCUCAGUCAGGACGUCAGUUCCUUCUUCAGUGCCAGCUGUGUUCCCGGAGCCGCUGCCAUGGCACCACCUCUGUGCGCUCUGUGCCAAGGCCAGAAAUCCUACAUUCGCCAGAAGAAUUACCACUGUGAAACAUCCCACAGUGAGCCCUACUACAACAGCCAAGGAGCCCUCAGAUGUCUCAGGAGUGGAGCAGGAGAUGUUGCAUUUGUGGACCAUUUAGCUCUUGAAAGUAUUGAAGACAGUGAUGAGUUCAGGUUACUGUGCACGGACGGCACUCAAGCUCCUCUCAGUCACUACACAAACUGUAAUCUGGGACGUGGCCCGGGAGGCAGCAUGGUCACCAGAUUUAACUUUCGAAAGGUUGCACGCAAAUUUCUAACAACAGUGCAGAUGUUGUUUGGUCAACAAGGGAGAGAGAGGCAGCGCUUCCAACUCUUCAACUCAUCAUCUUUUGGAGAGAGUGACCUUCUGUUCAAAGAUGUGACGGAUAAACUGGCUGUUCUGCCAGAUGACAUGGACGUCAGUCAGGUGCUGGGGCUGGAUUAUGUUGCACUCCUCAAAGGUCUUGGACAUGAAGGAAGUUCACUGGAGGACAGUGUUGUGCGGUGGUGCUGUAUCAGCCUUGCAGAGCAGAAGAAAUGUGAGCAGUGGGCUCUCAGUAUAAAGUCAGACCCUCUGGUGUGCGUCAGAGCCGUGUCAAUGAAAGACUGUAUAGAGAAGAUUAAGAGGGACGAGGUGGACGCUGUCUCGCUGGACCCAACUCACUCUUUCAUUGCAGGAAAAUGUGGUCUUGUCCCCGUCGUUACAGAAUAUUAUGGAGAAAAUUGUGUUCCUGCUGAGGGAUCAACACACUUAGAGACAGAUGUGUUGCCAUCAGUGGUGGGUCUAGCAGUGGCAAAGCGCUCCAGCAAAAACCUAUACAUAGGGAACCUUGGGGGCCGGCGCUCCUGUCACGGCCACAUGUACAGCCCUGCAGGUUGGCUGCUGCCGUACAGACACAGGUUGAGCCACGAGCAUAACAGCAGCUCCCCCUGUGAUCCACACCAAGUGUACAACGAGGUGUUUUGGAAAGGCUGCCUGCCCGGCUCUCAGGGGAAUCUGUGUAAAGUGUGUCUGGGAGGCACAGGCGAGGCUGCCACCAAGCGCUGCGCUGACAACCACAAUGAGCGUUACUAUGGCAACAUGGGGGCAUUAAGGUGUCUAGUUGGAGAUCCCAGCGGUAAAAGCUACGGAGACGUGGCCUUCCUCGAGCAGCAUAACCUUCUUUCCAACAUCCUCAGUUUGAGUUCCACCGGUUGGGCGGAUGGUUGGAAGUCAUCGGACUUUGAGCUGCUGUGUAGUGAUGGUCGUCGGGCCCCGUUGUCAGAAUGGGAGAGCUGUAAUCUCGGAGUCAUCCCACCGAACACCGUCAUGACACGGCCGGUGCUUACAGCCCGAGUGUACGACUUCCUCAUGAAGUCACAGGAAACUUUGACAUCCAAUCCAAACGCAGAAUUCAAGCUCUUUGAGUCUCAGCAGUAUGAAGAAAGUGACCUGCUGUUCAAAGAUGCAACUCAGUGUUUUGUCCACACAAGUCACAUGGACUACCGCUCCAUCCUUGGAGAGGAGUUUUACAGUCAUGUAGAAACCGUCUUCAACUGCACACACUCCGAUAUCUUGGAGUUUUGUAAUCAGGAUGUGUGCAGCAUAUUCUGAUGGACACACAAGGAAACGUGACCUUUCUCUGGUUCAACCCGUCAUCCACUAACUUGUUUCAUCCGUAUCUGAUGACUACGGACCCUCAGUGAUAUCAUCCUGUUCAUGGCAGAGAUUAAAGUCAAAACUCUUUGUGUAGAGGAUGAAAUUGUGACUACGUGUUACAGUUUUACAUGCACCAAUUAUAUCACUGUAUUUGUAAAUACAUAUCAAAAUGAGUGUGAGACUGGGAACCAUUACAUAUAUGGGGAUGCCAUUUAAAACUAAUGCUUCUAACUAUUGUCCAUUAGUCUUAAAGCAGCUCUGGAAUAACUGGCCUCAUUUUUUUUUCACAUAUUUUAUUAAGGAACCUCUACACAUGUUUGAGAUCAAAGCUUUGGCUUGAAUAAAGUUAUCCGAGCUCUCCACAGGAGGAGCACAUACUACAGCUGAACACAGCUAGGAGGACUACUGCAUUAUCCAACUGUAUAAUGUUUUGUACAAAUUAUGCAACUCAGUGUAUGUUUUGGACCAAUAUGUAACACAGUUAGGUUGGUGCAAAGUUAUUUGAUCAUCUUUUCUUAAUAUUACCUGUGUUUAUGUUUACUGUUAAAGAUAAUGACUUUUACUGUAUAAAUGAUGUUUCCU